AUGAUAAGACGUCAUGGGCACUGCUAUUUGGAGAGAGUGGACGCCAAGAAGAAAAAGCCUGCCGACAUGGAAUUAAGCCCGAGAGCUGUGCCAGAUUUCAUGGUGUUGAUUACAACUCGCACUUUCGAGGGAAGAAUCCGGGGUGGUUCGUUACCUGCGGGUGUGUACGAUCUUAACAUAGGCAUUGCAGGGCUCACAAGGUCAGCAGAAUAUUAUAUUCCCGGUGAGACUUAUUUAGACACGACCGUCUUCGUACUGCUUUCACUAUUCUCAUCUGCCUUUGCUUCGAAUGAUACGUCUGCAAGGCCUUUCUGCCGCUGGUGGUUGCCACCAACUGCUCAAUGCGUGAUCCGUUCGUUAAGUAUAAAAAUCUAUUUUUCCAACAAUUCACUGGUGGCCUUCGGAAUUCGAUCCAAGUGCGUAGUUUUGAAACUCAAUUUCGUAAUCUCUGGAAGGUCCACCACUGGAUACUCAUCGAUGUGCAAAUGCCUUGAGACAUGGAGUCGUCGAGUUUGCAACGACUUCUCUUCUUCUUCAUUGCCGCAAACAGAUCAUCCUGCAGCCAAGUCGUAUCUUCGCUUGAAAGGGACUGUGAUCAGAACCACUGCAAGAGCAUGGCACUGCCGAAACUUCAAAUACACACCACCUCCGGUUGGUGAGUAUGUGGCCGAUAUUCGCCUGAUUCGUUCUGUUGGGCCAUUCCCAUAUUCACAGAAAGAACUUUUAUAA